UUUUCAAUUGACCAUAGUGUCACCAAUCAUCCAGCAAUAAUGGAAUAGUUUUCCAUUAUUAAUUAUUAAUCCAUAAAGUGGUUAAGUAUUGAAAUAUAUUUUUUUAAACAUGCAUUUUCUUUUCAUGCAUGUUUGGUCUUCUUAAUAUUUCCUACAACUUUCCAGUCAAGCAGGUUACAAAAUUGAGGAAAAGUUUAGCUUCCAAGGAAUUUUGGAUCUGGGGUGGUCACUGACUUUUCUGGAUGAAUCCAUAGAAAAAGCUAUUUAGCUGUGUGACAUCAUAAGGUCUUUGAUUUUUUAAGUCCUCAUCCUUGGAGGAUGUCCUUCUGAGCAGAAAGAAGCACGAAUGGAACACAUGAAAUGUUGAGAGGGUGACCUUAGUUUGGCAUUUUAAAUAAAUCAAGAAGCAGUAAAUGGGCUCAGUGUGUGAAGAACCCUGCCUCCUAGCUAUGCUAGCAAUCGUCAAUUGUGGUAUUUCCCUCAGCUACUGUGUAUUUUAAGUUUGGUAUUUGGAAUUGGGAUUGCUUUUAAUGUAUUUUAACACUGUUCCCCACUCAGUCAUUUAUUGAGAUUGACAGCUAUAGUCAUGGAAUAAAUAAAUGCACAGACAUGGAGAAUUGUGAAGAUAUAAAUUUCACUGUAAUAAUUUUUGAAAUAUAACAAUAGCCUUAUUCCUUCAAGCUGAAGGGGAAGUUUUUUAGGGAAUGCAACUUUUAAAAAACCAACUUCUCUUUAUUCUCCCUGCUGUUUACCAUUUUGUUAUUGUUGUUGUUCUUCUUUUCCAAUUUUGUUUCUAAGUGUUACUUAACUCCUGUUUCCUUCUCAAGAUCUUCUGCUUGCCAUAAUGGCCAAGUUGAUGCAAGCACCCCCUAAGUUUCUGCCCCCCGAAUGGUACAUUGCUAACAAGAUCCAAUACAGUAGUGCCGAGGCCCAGCGCUCUCGUUCGGAACGCUUGGUGGAUGAGAGCCAGCGGCUGGUAGAUGAAAUCGAGAGGACCACUCAGAAGACCCAGAGUGAUGUCAACAAGAGAAUAGAACAGAGACUUGAGGAGAUAAAAUUCUGGAGGCAGCAGUUGGAUGACAAACUUGACCAGAUUGUGAAGGAGACUGAAGUGCUUUUGUCAUUCAAAACAAGGCUGGAAAAGGCUCUGGAGGGCUGCAAAGAACCACUUUUCACUGCUCAGGAGUGUCUCUUAAACCGGGAAAGGCGGGUUGGCAUUGACUUGGUCCAUGAUGAAGUGGAACGGGAGCUGAUCAAAGAAGUUGAGGUCUUCCAGGGAGUUGUUGCUCUGCUUGAACGUACACUGGAGCAAACUGAUGAGCAACUCAGGCUUAAUCGCACAGCCAAAUACAAUCUUGAACAGGACCUGAAGGAUAAAUUCACGGCCUUCACAAUUGACAACUAUUGCUCCAAUCUGACCAACAACUCUACUGAUAUUGGAUAUGCCCAAAAUGUUGUGAAGGUUGAGGAGAACUCAGUGAGCCCUGAACAAUGGCUGGAUUUCUCCAACACAAAUGUUGAAAAAGCUGACAAACAGCGAAACAAUUCCCUGGCUCUCAGAGCCUUGAUUGACAGCAUUUUGUCCCAGACUGCAAGUGACAUGCGCAAGCAAAACAGGACAGUAAACAUUGCGUUCCAGAAUAGGGUGAAGGAGACCAAGGAUGCCAAGAACAAAUUAGAAAUACACCUGGCAAAGCUGAUGGAGGAGAUCAACUCUCAGACCAAAAAUAUUGAUGCUCUGAGGAAAGCUAUCCUGGAUAAGAAGGGGCCAGCCCAGGUGGCCCAAACUCGCCUGGAGACCCGGACUCACCGUCCAAAUGUAGAGCUUUGCCGAGACAUGGUGCAAUAUCGACUCAUGAAUGAAGUGCAGGAAAUCAACCAUAAUAUCCAGAGGCUGAUGGACACAUUGGCUCAGGCUGAAAUAGAACUGAAAGGCCUAAACCGCCGGCAGCUCUCCCUGGAGGAAGAGAUUGAAGUCAAAGCAAAUACUCUUUAUAUUGAUGAAGUGCUCUGCAUGCAGAUGAGAGAGUCCAUUUCCAUCAAUAAUUUCUGAUCCGUGAGGCUGGCGGAAUCUCUGCUUGGCUGGACCCUUACGAGUAGAUCUUGAAACAUUGGCUUAAAACUUUCGAGAAUCUUUUAUAGAAGCCAAACAUCUGCCCUGAACUUUCUACCAGAUAAUAAAUUAGUGAAACCUUGA